AGAAAUGAUAAGAAUUCUUCUGUUUAACCGCGAUUGUUGUAACAUGCAAUUGUGUGUUUUUUGGUAAAUUUGAUUUUUAUGAGAUGACAAUGCCAGUGAUUGCAUCAUCUCGAUUACAGUAUUCAACGGUAUCCAAACUUCAUAGUGCGGCGAUUCAUUUGCGUGCGCAUCAGGUAAAUUGUAUCCUGCCGGGAUGACGACAUAACCUUUUCAAGUCGGGACCGAGCUACCCGAGUGGGUAUCCCCAGCUGUGUUGCAUAUGAACCAGAUUGCUCGCGUGAAUUUUUGUAUAAUCACGUUUAGAUAGUCUAAGAAAGGAUUCAGGAAAAAUAUGACGACGGAGGACGCAAGGAUUCAAGGACAUGCGUUAAAUGGUGUCGCCGAGGAUGAGGACAUCGUGACACCGUGGAUAGUUACGAGCACUAAUGAUUCAGGGAUCGAUUAUGACAAGUUAAUUAAAAGGUUUGGAAGCUCCAAGAUAGAUGAUGACUUGUUAGCUAGAUUUGAAAAAAUCACUGGCAAGAGACCACAUCACUUUCUCAGAAGAGGCAUAUUCUUUUCUCACAGAGAUAUGAAUACUAUUCUGAACCUUUAUGAGCAAGGAAAGCCAUUCUACCUGUACACAGGUAGAGGACCUAGUUCAGACGCGAUGCAUCUGGGACAUCUCAUACCUUUCAUGUUCUGCAAAUGGUUGCAGGACGUAUUCGAUGUUCCUUUAGUUAUACAGUUGACGGAUGAUGAAAAAGCCAUCUGGAAGAAUAUAAAAAUAGAAGAUGCUAUUAAACUGGCCUAUGCCAAUGCAAAAGAUAUUAUUGCCUGUGGCUUUAAUCCUGAAAAGACAUUUAUCUUCUCGAAUUUGGAACACAUAGGAAACAAUUCGGCAUUUUAUCAAAACAUGAUCAGGAUACAAAAAUGCGUCACAUUCAAUCAAGUAAAGGGCAUUUUUGGAUUUGGGGAUAGCGAUCCGAUUGGAAAGAUCGCGUUUCCGCCGACGCAAGCGGCGCCGGCCAUUUCCGGCUCGUUUCCUUUCAUCUUCAAGGACGUCAAGGUGCACUGCCUGAUACCGUGCGCAAUCGAUCAAGAUCCAUAUUUUCGCAUGACUAGGGACGUCGCGCCCAAACUUGGUUUCCCUAAACCGGCCUUGCUGCAUUCCAGCUUCUUCCCAGCAUUGCAGGGUUCCAAGACGAAAAUGUCGGCGAGCGACAGCAACACGGCAAUAUUCCUCACGGAUACCGCCAAACAAAUCAAAAACAAGGUCAAUAAGCAUGCAUUCUCGGGUGGUCAGGCUACUGUGGAGGAGCACAGACAGCUCGGUGGAAACUGUGAGGUGGACAUAUCUUAUCAAUGGCUGCGAUUUUUCUUAGAGGAUGACGAGCGAUUGGAACAAAUCAGAAAAGGUUACACCAGUGGAGAGAUCUUAACGGGCGAGCUAAAAAAGGAGUUGAUCGAUGUGUUGCAGCGACUCGUCGCUGCGCAUCAAGAGACGAAAUGUAAAAUAACAAAUGACGUGGUCAAACAGUUUAUGAUUCCUAGAGAUCUCGGCUUCGUAUCAAAACAAAGUAAUUGCUUAGCACGCGCUGGUUACGCGAUGCAUUGUUUUUUGAGCCAUUUCCGCUAGAAAUCUAUUUAAAUUUAUUUAUUGCAAAACAACGCAAUUACAAAGUGCGUUCUGUAAACUCUUUUUCCAAGCACUCCCUUUGUUGAAAGAUUAAAUUAAUUUUUUCUAUCAA